AGUGUGAGCGGCUCUAGCAAUACUUGUGAGCCGCCCUAGCGAUACUUGAAAGAGUCUGAGAGCGGUAUAAGGUGGUGUUUGAGGAGUCGUUGCUGAUUACUGGCAGUCAUGUCCGCUUCACAAAAAAGUGAUUCGAGUGACUUGCGAGCAGUGCAGAAUGCCUUUCAGAACAUGAAGGUGGAGUCGACCAAGAGCACGGAUGAGGCAACAAAGAAAUCAUACACCUACAACGCCGAGCGGGUGCUUGGAAGCGGUUCAUUUGGAGUCGUCUACCAGGCUGUCGUGGUUGAAACUGGUGAAUCUGUCGCCAUCAAGAAGGUUUUCCAAGACAAGAGAUACAAGAAUCGUGAGCUGCAGAUCAUGAAGGAGUUGAAGCACCCAAAUGUGGUGGAACUGAAGCAUGCUUUCUAUACCUCUGGGGACAAACCGGGGGAAACCUACUUGAAUGUGGUUAUGGAGUACUGUUCAGACACAGUCUACCGGGUGAUGAAGCACUACACAAAGAUGAAGCAGCCCGUGCCGCAUAUUUUCGUGCAGCUCUACUCCUAUCAAAUGGCACGUGCUUGUGCAUACAUCCAUGCGGUGGGCAUUUGUCACCGAGACAUCAAGCCUCAGAACCUGCUUGUGGACGGUCACACACACGCGCUGAAGAUUUGUGAUUUCGGUUCGGCCAAACCGCUUGUGAAGGGCGAGCCAAACGUUGCGUACAUUUGUUCCAGGUACUACCGAGCGCCAGAGCUAAUUUUUGGUGCGACGGACUAUGGCUUCGUGAUUGACAUCUGGUCCAUGGCUUGCGUGUCCGCUGAGCUGAUUCUGGGACACCCGAUCUUCCCAGGAGAGAGCGGAGUUGACCAAUUGGUCGAGAUCAUCAAGGUUCUGGGCACGCCGACGCGUGAAGAACUGAUGGCCAUGAAUCCAAACUACACGGAGUUUAAGUUCCCGCAGAUCAAGCCGCACCCCUGGCACAAGGUUUUCCGUGCGCGCACUUCUGCUGACGCAGUGGACUACAUUUCCAAGCUGCUAGUCUAUGACCCGAAACUCCGACCAUCUGGUCUGCAGUGUUGCACUCAUGCUCUCUUUGAUGACCUUCGGGAUCCAAGCACACGCAUUAGUAGCACCAAACCGUUGCCAGAACACCUCUUCAAUUUCUCGAAGGAGGAAUUGGCUAUGAUGGAUGCCGAGCUGCAACGCAAACUCGUCCCUGCGUGGGUUGCGGCUCAGGGCCAGAAGCCAGCACAAUGAGCUGGCAAAUCUGGCAAAUGAUGUCAAAGAUGAGACUCUUGCCAACAGGCUGCAUUUCUCUGAGAUUUGAGGGGCUGACAGCACAAGCUGCAACUUCUGCUUGCUGAGCGCUUUCAGCCACCCUUUUCAAAGCGGCUUCAAGCUGGCAUUGCGAGGUGUCCUUUGG